GAACGGGCACCGAGAGCGGUACAGGGCUGGGCACGUACCGAAUGGGCACCGGGAGCGGGACAGGACUGAGCUCGUACAGAACAACGAAGGGAGAAAGAUGUCCGCAUGCUCUCGCGGGCCUGAAGCGCUGGAGAGCCACGUCGGGGCCGGGCUCUGCCGCUUGCCAUGGCAACGGGGGAAGGGGAACUUGGGGGCCGGGGUGCCCCGGCACCGCGGGAUCCCCUGACCCCAGGCCCGGUAGCCUCCGGUCCGGCAGAGAGCCCCGCUCUCCCUCGCUCUGGCCCAAGCGGGGCCGGUGCCCGACCAGUGCCGGGCACCACAUCGUUGCCCUUUCCCUCGGGAGCUACCUCUCUGGGGUUGCCCCGUCACCGGGUACCGGCCACUCUUCUAGAGGCCUCGGGCCAAGCCCCCUCGACCCAGCUCCGCGCCGGCGCCGCCGCUCCCUGCCCUGAGCCGCGACCCAUGGCGAGCCUGGCUCUUGGCGCCAUCCAGUGGCACCGCGCAGUCCGUCCCGGCGAGGCCUCGGGGUGCGCUCAGCCCGGGCCGGCCCCACCGGUUCUCCGGGGUGGUCCCUUCAGGCCAGCGUGUGCCGAUCCCCAGCGUGUCAGGGGCAAGGGCAACCGCAUCCGGGAAACUGGCUCGGCGCUAACGCGCUGCCCUCGGCGCAGCGAUGGUAAUGAGGAUCAUCGGCCGCGUCCUCGUCCUGCUGCCCGAGGGGCUCCCAUCCGCGUCCCUGCGCGGGAGGGCGGCCGGUGGCCCCACUGCCACCGAGCGGGCGGCGGCCAGGCCCGGGGAGCUGCAGGCGCCUAUGCUGGAGCCGCCUCGUCCUCCCCUCGGGACCGGCGAGGGGCUUCGGAGGGAAGGAGCUGCUCGAUGCCGAUCUGCCUGGCGGUGGCUCCAUGGCUCCAGGGUGGUGGCUGGUGGCCGGGGAGUUCCGGAGGAGCUGGUCCCCCUGUAACAGCCCUCUGCAGAAUUCUGACCAUCUCCUGCGGCGUCGGUACCGACCCCGGCCGGAGGCAGCGGUGUCCAUCGCGAGCCGAGGCGUGGAGCUGAUUUCUGUCACUGCACGAAAGCGACCCCUCGGAAAGAGGAACGGUGUGCGGCCGGCUCCUAGGCAGCGUCUGGUCCACAAAGGGUUACGCAAGGCACCCUGGAGUGACACCACUGCCACCAGCCCCGGAGCUCAGCUCCUUCCUGGUCGGAUCCGAGGCUCGGUGGGACUGAGGAAAGGGCCAGGAGCUGCAAAGAGGAGCCGGAGCCAGUCUGCGCCCCAGGCCGCUGGGCAGGGGCUGCCCCUCUUGUGCUGGCUAGUGGUCACCAUGGAGGAGAUGGUGAUCUGGGAGCAGCACACCGUGACCCUCAGCAAGGACCCUCAGAGGGGCUUUGGCUUCGCUGUCUCGGGAGGCCGGGACCGUCCCAACAAGGCGACAGGGGACACAGCAGUGACUGUGUCAGAUGUGGUGCCUGGGGGACCAGCAGUGGGACACCUCCAGAGGAGGGAUUACAUCGUGAUGGUGAACGGCCUCUCUAUGGAGAAUGUCUCGUCCUCCUUUGCUAUCCAGACCCUUAAAACCUGUGGCAAGGUCGCCAACAUCACAGUGAAAAGAGCAAAGAAAGUUCACUUCCCUGCGCGCAGGAGCAGCCCUGGGUCUCCUGCUGCAGCCCGGCGCAGCCACUUGGACGAGGACUUCGGGUUAGAGGGCGCAGACCCAGCCCUGCACCGCUCCCGGGACGGCCUGGACCACAACCAGGGCUAUGACGGGGACUCCUCCAGCGAGAGGAGCUCUGACCGCCACCGGGAUGACCUCCGCUACCGCAAGCCAGCGUCCCGCAACCGGAAACGAAGCCAGGACAGCAGCCAGCGAGGGCAGAGCCCCGGCAGCGGCACCGAACGAAGGGGCUACAGCCGGCGCCGCUCUGCCAAUGACUUUGGUGGCGAAUGUGACACCCAGGGGCUGGCCUUGGUGUCAGGCUUCAAGCGCCUGCCGCGCCGGGACGUGCCCAUGAAGCCCAUUACAUCAGUCCUGGUGAAGCAGAAGCAGAAUGAAGAGUACGGCCUGAAGCUGGGAAGCCAGCUUUUCAUCAAGCACAUAGUGGAGAACGGGCUGGCAGCAAAGGACAGCUCCCUGCAGGAAGGAGACCUCAUCCUGAAGAUCAACGGGGUGGCCAGUGAGGACAUGUCCCUGGCUGACACCCAGCAGCUCAUUGAGAAGACAGAAGGGGUCCUGACCCUGCUCGUCCUCCGGGACCAGCGGCAGUUCCUGGUCAGCAUCCCUGAGGUAGAGGAGAGCCAGAGCCAGAGCAACAGCUCCCAGCUGGAUGAUAUCUCUGACAUCGACUCUGAACUGUCACAUCUGCCACCCCCUGCGACCUCUCCAUGGCCUCCAGCUGCUGCCGGAGUGAACUCCCCACCAGAGAGGAGAAAAUCCAGCAGGGAUCCUGCAGCUGAUGCAACCAUGGAUGAUGCUGGGGGCCCUGACCUCCUGGAAGCUGUGGAGGGGGAUGGUUCCCACAGCCCCCAUGUCAGCCCUGCUGCCCAAGCUGCCCACGAAGAUGGGUACAGCACAGACUGCAGGGUUGUGCACUUUGUGAAGGCCAAGAGUGUGGGGCUGCGGCUGGCAGGUGGCAACGAUGUGGGCAUCUUUGUGUCGGGUGUGCAGGAGGGCAGCCCAGCUGCCAGCCAGGGCCUCCAGGAAGGGGACCAGAUCCUGCAGGUGAACACCACCAGCUUCCAGAACCUGACCCGAGAGGAGGCUGUGCAGUACCUCAUGAACCUGCCGCUGGGUGAGGAUGUCACACUGUGGACCCAGAGCAAGCAGGACAUUUACAGGAAGAUGAUCUCAUCCAACGUGGGGGAUUCGUUCUACAUCCGGACACACUUCGACUUCGAGAAGGAUUCACCCUCUGGGCUCAGCUUCAUGCGCGGUGACGUCCUCCACGUGCUGGACACCUUGUACCGUGGCAGACUGGGCAGCUGGCUGGCAGUGCGUGUGGGCAGGGACCUACAGGAGCAGGACAAGGGCAUCAUCCCCAACCAGAGCAGGGCCGAGCAGAUUGCCAGCCUGGAGUCAGUGCUGAAAGCCACAUCUGGAGCCAACCCCUCUGGGCUCCGAGCUGAGUUCUGGAAGCUGCGAGGCCUGCGCGGAGCCAGGAAGGUGCUGCGGAAGAGCCGGGAGGACCUGUCCAGCCUCACAAAGCAGGGCCACUACCCACCCUAUGAGAGGGUGGUCCUGAAGGAAGCCAACUUCAAGCGGCCAGUGGUGAUCCUGGGUCCCAUCGCAGACAUUGCCAUGCAGAAACUGAGCAUGGAGCUGCCUGAGCUGUUUGAGAUUGCCCCGAGUGUGCCCCGUGAUGGGGCUUCCUCCAAGGUCAUCAAGCUGGACUCCGUGCGGCAGAUCGCAGAGAAGGACAAGCAUGCCCUCUUGGACAUUACGCCCUCAGCUGUGGAGCGUCUCAACUACAUGCAGUACUACCCGGUGGUGGUGUUCUGCGAGCCCGAGAGCCGGCAGGGCAUCAAGGCCAUGCGCCAGUGGCUGGCACCCGACUCCAGGAAGAGCUCGCGGCGCCUUUAUGCCCAGGCCAGCAAGAUGAAGAAGCACUGCAGCCACCUCUUCACUGCCACCCUCAGCCUCAGCGGCAGCGGCAAUGCCUGGUAUGAGGCGAUCAAGGACAUCAUCAGGGCGCAGCAGAGCCAACCAGUCUGGAUGACAGCAGAGCAGGCAGACGUGGCCAUGGAGGACAGUCUGGACCUGCUGAACCCGCCGAACCCGCCAAGCAUGGUGGCCUCGGGCUACCUGACCUGUGACAGCCGUGCCAACAGUGACUAUGAGGACACAGACGGUGAGGUGGAAGAUGGCUAUGACCAGCCUGGGCUGGCUCGCUCCUCCGAGCCUGUGCAGCUGUCCCCAGGCCACGGCCUGAGAGAGCAGGUGACUGAGCAGCAGCAGCAGCACCAGCAGGGCCAGCGCUGUGACAGCAUCAGGGAGUAUGAGCAUGCUGCAGUGAGGAAGAGGUUCACACAGGCCAGGGAUGACUCCGAUGAGGAUGAAGGCUAUGAGUGGGGCCCAGCUACAGAUGUGUAGCAGCAGCACCAUUAACCUGUCCCACCUCACAUCUCGGCCCAGCAAAGUGCCAUGUGCCACACAGCACCUGGCAGCCAGGCUGGGUUGGGACUGAUCCUGGUGUACCCAUUACCUCCUUCCCCCUUUUGGCCUCCUGCCUCCCCCUACCACGAGGGCAGGGGCUGGCAGAGAAUAAAAUGGGUGUUUGGAUCA